UUACAAGUGUAUAAAACGAUAUAUUUUAGCGCUAUUCUUUGUUCGCGUGAAGAACAAUGUCUUCCACAAAACGUAACUUCCCUUUCCAAGAAGACGUGGCAAAUCAUCCAAAAAAACCAAAGGAAUCUGCAUCGGAACCCCUUCCUUCACCUCGCGUUGUUCUCAAUUCCUCAGACACUGACUUAGAUUUUAAUAUUGAAUGCAAUGGAGUUGUUGGAUAUGGUCUUCAUGAGGAAGGGUUUGGUUAUUGUUGGUCUGGUGCUAGAGCUAAUGUUGGAAUAACAAAGGGUAGGUAUUGUUUUAGUUGCAUUGUUGUUUCUUCACAACGAGUUGAUAUUGAUGAUACUGCCCCUGAUCAGCAAAAUUUAUGUCGUCUUGGUGUUUCUAGAGGGGAUGAUGCUGUUGGAGCUCUUGGUGAGUCCACAAAUAGCUUUGGUUUCGGUGGUACCGGAAAGUUUUCCAAUGCGGGGAAGUUUUUUAAUUUUGGUGAUAGGUUUGGUGUUGGUGAUACAAUAGUUUGUUGCAUUGACCUUGAGAGUAAACCACUUGCUACUAUUGGUUUUUCCAAGAAUGGUAAAUGGUUGGGUACUGCAUUUCAAUUUGAUGUUGGUUCUCUUGGUCUUGGAGCGUUGGAUUCUACUUUUCCGAAGGAUUCGCCUUGGGGGUGUGCACUUUUUCCGCAUGUUCUGUUGAAAAAUGUUGUGGUUCAGAUGCAGUUUAGUGUUGAACAAGGGCUUGUUCCUCGAGAAGGGUUUAGACCUUGGGCCUUGGCUGUUGUGGAUGGGAACGCGGUUUUGGGACCUUCUUUUUCUGAACCGAAGGAUUGUGAAUUGAUGAUGAUGGUUGGGUUACCGGCUUCGGGCAAGACUGUGUGGGCUGAAAAAUGGGUGAAAGAUCAUCCCGAGAAGCGUUAUGUUUUGCUUGGGACAAACUUAAUUCUUGAGCAGAUGAAGGUUCCUGGACUGCUGCGGAAAAACAACUACAGUGAAAGGUUUGAUCGUUUGAUGGACAAGGCAACUGCAAUGUUCAAUGUAAUUCUUUCCAGGGCGGCUAGUGUACCUCGCAAUUAUAUAAUUGACCAGACAAAUGUGUACAGAAAUGCACGCAAGCGUAAGCUUAAGCCAUUUGCCGACUAUCAAAAGAUUGCUGUUGUUGUGUUCCCCAAGCCGGAAGAUCUUAAGAGACGUUAUGAUAAAAGAUUUAAAGAAACGGGGAAAAAAGUUCCAACUGAUGCUUUGAAUAACAUGAUUGCUAAUUAUGUUCUACCUAAAAGCAAGGAUAUGCCUCAUUCAGAUGAGUAUUUUGAUAAGGUUCUGUUUGUAGAACUGAACCGAGACGAGUCUCAGAAAUAUUUGGAUCAGAUGAAGCAAAAUACUGCUUCUCUAUCUAAUAACAACCCAUCAACAUUAUCGUGCAGAGGUUCUUUUCAGUCUUCUGCCGGAUCAGGUCUGCAGAAUCAAGGAAGUUUGGCAGGCAGUAGCAUUCCCCUGCAAGCCUCUUAUUCUCCGAUCUCUCCAUCCAACUAUGGGAUGCCUAGUCAAGUCAGUGCAGGUGGUCAUAUGACUGAACCUCGUAUGACUGUGUAUCCAUUGUCUGGAGGAUAUCCAAGCAGUCAAAUUUCACAAGCUGCAAGAGUACCAUCUCCUUGUGGGCUUCAUUCCUAUGAUGAAGCAUCUUGUUUUCCUAGAGACAAUGCUGGUUACGAUCGAACUUAUGGUGUCAUUCCUACCGGCGGCAUUGAGGCUUACACAAACCCUGUUUUGGGUAGCCAUUACAGGCCAAACAUUGCAGGGAGCCAUAUGGGUUUCCAUGGUACUUUUCAUGAUUCCUACAGGAAUGGCAUGCAUGAACCCUCUCCAAUUGCUACUUUUCAUGAUUCCUACAGGAAUGGCAUGCAUGAACCCUCUCCAAUUGCAAGUGCAAGGACAACGCCUUUCGAUUAUAGUACUUAUGACAGACCUUAUGUUGACAACAGAGAUUUCCUGUCUGACCUGCAUACACCUGCCCCAACCACAUAUUCACUUCCCCCAUAUGGGGCACCAACUCUAAGACCUCAUCAUGGAGGGUUACCUGAUAACUUGCAGUAUUCAGGGAAGUAUGCUUCUCAGCAUCCAAGAUACUAUCCCUGACUGCUGUAUGGAUUCUGCUGGUCCAGCUGAAAUUGACCAGUCGUUAUUGUCAAGUGGAGCAAGGUGUCAUUACCAGCUGAAAUUUGUAAAUAUGGUUGGAAUUUGUUUGGGGGAGGGCCGGAGGGGGAUAUAAUUUUUUUAGAGUUUGUGAUAGUUUUUUGACCUCUCACUAUCAAAUGAGUGUCUAUUAGUUCUCUGUUACUAAGUCAUUUUGCUGCAAAAUUCUUUAUGUUUCUUAUAUAGCAGUACACACAGAAUCGCUAGCAUACAGAAAUUGAUUCUUUCAUUUUGUUAUAUACUAGUUGAAGUUCUCUCUC